AUGGCCCCCUCGAUCGCUUCUUCGCGGUCUCGGUCAGAUGAGACGAUCCAUCCAAGCCAUGUCGCGUCGUUCGAACUGGAACAACCUCCGCUCCUCCCGGCAGACCGCGGAAGAGCCGCAUGGUUGAUGCUGGCAUCAUGCUGUCUGAUCCAAUUGCCCGUCUGGGGAUUCUCUCUUGUAUUUGGCAUCUUCCAGGAAUACCUCAUGACUCAUGAUGUGCUCAAGGGUAGCAAAGGAGGUCUGGCGGUGGGACUUCUGUACCUGCUUUCUCCGAUAUCAUUCACUCUUCUUACCCGCUAUCCCCAUUUCCAGAAGUACUGUGCCCCCGUAGGGCUGUUCCUGAGCGUCUGCGGGUCCCUGCUCUCCUCUUUCUCGCAGAGCGUGUGGCACUUGAUCCUCACGCAGGGGGUGCUAUGUGCCAUCGGAAACGGGCUUGUGUUCAGCCCAACCACCCUGUAUCUGGAUCAAUGGUUCAUCCAACGAAAGGGCCUGGCCUACGGCAUCAUGUGGGCUGCCAAAAGCAUCUGCGGUGUGGCCCUCCCGUUUGUCGCGAGCGCCUGUCUGGCUACUCUCGACGCUUGUGGCGCUGCCGUUCGUCAAGCCCAGAGUCCCACCGUCUCCUUCAACCUCGGUGAAGCGAAUAGACCUGACCUUCCUGAAGCUGGCCACUUUCUGGAUGCUGCAGCUGGGGAAUAUCAUCCAGGGAUUUGGCUACUUCCUGCCCAGUACGUACCUGCCGUCCUACUCGACCUCUGCGGCAGGGCUGUCCCACACCACAGGAACGCUUCUGGUGGCGCUCUUCAACGCGACCUCGGUGGUGGGUGGCAUUGUUUUGGGGUCGCUCUGUGA